AUGUCCAUUGCAGCUCCAACAUUCAACGAAACUCUUGGCAAUUGCUCUUGGAGAAAUCAACUUUACAAUUGUGGAGAGAUAUUUGAUAGUGUUUUAACUGAUGAAGGAAUUUGCUUUUCAUUUAAUUCACUUAAAUCGGAUUUUUAUCGGACUGAAUUGUACAAUGCUCGCAAAGAGGAUUUUAUCGGUUCGGAAUAUGACAAUGUUGAAUAUUUAGAUUGGAAUUUAGAAAAUGGUUACAAUCAAAAAGCUGAUGAAAAGACUUUUCCUGUUCAUGUUAUAGGAGCUGGAGACAAAGAAAGUCUUGUUGUAUAUUUGAGGGAUAGAAAAGAAGACGAUGAACAAUUAUGUAGAAAUUCUGUUCGUGGUUUCAAAGUAAUUCUUCAUACGCCUGGUGAAGAUCCACAGGCCUGGAAGAAUUUUAUUAAUGUUCCCUUAGAUCAAUCGGUUUCGUUAACAAUCAAACCGAAAAUUAUGACUUCUGAAGAUUUAAGGCAUUAUUCCCCUGAAAGGUAUUUCAAAGUCUACACUCAGGCUAAUUGUGAAUCGGAAUGGCUGGCAAAUAUGACCCUAUCAGAAUGUGGGUGUGUCAAAUUUUCAAUGCCAAGAAAUUCAUCUCAUCCAAUUUGUGGAUAUCACAAACUUCCUUGCGUUGAUUACGUCAUGUACACAAGCAAGGAAUGGACUAUUAACUAUGACAAAUAUUUAAAUGCCUAUAAUUGUUUACCAACUUGUAUAAGUAUUGAAUACAAAGCCGAACUCGAACAUCAAGUUCCAAUUAACUAUGCUCAGAUUGAAGAAUCAGAUGAAGGUUUUUCAAGCAAGGAUAAUUUGAGCUACCGAGUAACUCAAAUAACAUUAAAAUUCAAAGAAGACAACUUUAAUGGCUUGAAGAGAUCCGAAUUGUAUAGUAUGUCAGAUUUUAUUGCAAAUUGUGGUGGUUUGCUGGGACUUUUUAUGGUGUUUCGAUUUUGA